AGCUAGCAAAGGUGUGACGUCACGUCCUGGGGUCGAUUUGGCUUCCAACCGACCCGGAGAUGUUUAUACUGUUUGGUUGGUAUACUUUGGCGACGCCAGUCGGCCAGUAGGUGGAUCGUAUUUGACGAUGGGUGCGUGGGAGGAUUGACACAUACCACGUGCUCGCUAGUAUGAAUGAAGAAGUCUUAUAUAAACACGUGCGAUACCUGUCCAUAGUAAAAGGCGUUAAAGGUGAGUCAUGUCAGCCGACAUCUGAAAAUUAAACACCCGGAGGCUAACUACAUACAUCAGUUAUCAUGGAAGGGGUUAGAAAAAAGUUAUACGAAUUAAAAUUUCUAUACGGUACUCGUUACUUUAACUUUUAUUUCAAUCUAAAGCGCAUCAAUCACAGAUGAACCACACUAGUAAAUUUGGAAAUGGUGUGAUGGACAAUGCUUAUCAAGAGUGUGACAAUCUUACAUUCGAGGGUAAUCGAACCCUCUUAGGAUUUUCACAACCAGUUAGAUGUAAAUUGGACGGACAGACAAGCAGCAAUCACUUAGAAUUUCCAUCUUAUAUACAAAUGACUGCAACUAUUUUCUGCGCUGUUAUUCUCACCCUGGGAACUGCUGGUAACAUAUUAGUGCCUAUUGUCGUUUGUAGAACUAAAGAACUUAGAAAUUCUACUAAUUUUUUUCUCACUAAUUUAAGUGUGGCUGAUCUUUUAGUUCUUGUAGUGUGUAUGCCUACAGUACUCAUAGAAUUGCAUUCGAAACCGGAAGUUUGGUUACUCGGUGAAAUUAUGUGUAAAGUCGUUCCUUACGUGGAAACUACAGUAGCUCACGGGUCAAUUUUGACAAUAUUAGCCAUUAGUUUCGAACGUUAUUAUGCAAUAUGUCAACCGUUGAAAGCUGGUUAUACGUGUACCAAAAUGAGAGCCUUGAUUAUAAUAUUUACAGUAUGGUUAAUAGCUAUAUUUGUUACAAGCCCUAUAUUACUCAUUGCCGAAUACGACUACGUAGGAUACAUAGAUGGAACCAAGGUAACUGUUUGCCACACAUCAGCUCAUAGCACAUGGCAAAAGAUAUAUUUCUUUCUUAUGACUCUUAUACUGUUUUGGAUACCAUUCGCCGUCCUGAUAGCCAUAUAUAUUAUAAUUACUCGUCACCUUAUGACAGAUCGUAAACACUUAAACAAUGCUACCGAGAGAUGUAGAAUGAGAUCUAGAAAACAAGUUGUAUUAAUGUUAGCCUGUGUAGUAACUUGUUUCUUUGUAUGUCUAAUGCCCUUUAGAAUAUUUACAACAUGGUUAAUUCUCGUACAACAAGAGACAGUAGAAGAUCUAGGGAUGGAAACUUAUUAUAAUUUAUUAUACUUCUGUCGUGUCAUGUUGUAUAUUAAUUCGGCUAUAAAUCCUAUAUUGUAUAAUUUAAUUUCGUCGAAAUUUCGUGAAGCAUUCGUACGUGUUUUAUGUUGUCACAGUGAUAAGAGACUCAUACGUCAAGGAACUUCUAGUACCACUUAUACGUCACUUACAACAAGUUUAAGAGCUCAAGGAAUUGUAAGUCAAGGUAGUAAAUCGGAUAGUUUUAAAAAUUCACACUUGGAAAGUUACGUUUGAUUGAAAAUAAUACGCAAAAAAAUUAAUUAUUCUUUUGUAUAUGAAAUUCUAUACACCCGUUAGCAUUAAUCGAAGAGAAUAAAUGACGAAUGGUAAGUAGGAAAUUUCAAAACUUUUAAUAAUUUCUAUUGACGCGAUGGUCAGAAACGUCUGACACUUAACUUAAU